CGCUUGCAGAGUCAAGUUCUAUUUUCGUGUUUGAAACGCUUUGGCCGCUAAGUAAACGCAGUGUUCGGUAAAUAAUAGAACAGAAGAUAAUAAAAAAUAAAAAAAAAAAAACAUUGAAAAAAAAAAUAAUUUUGAACUUGAAUAAAAAAUUUGUGGAUUCAUCUUUGUUAUUAUUGUUGAGCUUAAAAUAUAAAAUAUGGCUCCUCCGGCAUUACUCAGCAAAGAGAUACCCGACAUCGAGAGCCUGAUGACCUUGAAUCCCCGUGUGAAGACCAAAUGCUCAGCUGUGCCCACUGUCGAGACGAAGGUCAAUAAGAAACAUUGGAAACGAAAUAAUGAUCGCAAUCCAACCGGUUGCUCCAAGCUACUCAAUAACUUCGAUGAUGUCAAACACACAACGCUCUCGGAACGCGGCGCUUUGAAGGAGGCCGCGCGUUGUUUAAAGUGCGCCGACGCGCCAUGCCAGAAGUCUUGUCCUACACAAUUGGAUAUUAAGAGCUUCAUCACCAGCAUAGCCAAUAAAAAUUAUUACGGUGCGGCAAAAGCUAUUUUCUCCGACAAUCCUUUGGGUCUUACUUGCGGCAUGGUGUGCCCUACUAGUGAUCUCUGUGUUGGCGGUUGUAAUUUACAGGCCUCGGAAGAGGGACCCAUAAAUAUUGGCGGCUUGCAGCAGUUUGCUACGGAGAUUUUCAAAGAGAUGGGCGUGCGUCAAAUAGUGCCACCAAAUAUCAAGCCUCUACCACAGCCAAAUAAGAAAAUCGCUUUACUCGGCGGUGGACCGGCCUCCCUGUCAUGUGCCACCUUUCUGGCGCGCUUGGGUUAUAAGGAUGUAACGAUUUACGAGAAACGCGCGUAUUUGGGCGGUCUAAGUUCGUCGGAGAUACCGCAAUACCGCUUGCCUGUGGAAGUUGUUAAUUUCGAAAUUCGUUUGGUGCAGGACUUGGGCGUUAAAUUCGAGCUAAAUCGCAGUUUGUCCACUAAUGACUUGACCGUUAAUGACUUACUAUCAACUGGUCAUGAUGCCGUCUUCUUGGGCAUCGGUUUACCAGAACCAAAUAUUGAUCCUGUGUUCGGCGGCCUCGAUGAGUCUAUGGGAUUUUAUACCUCAAAAAACUUCUUACCCAGCGUAUCGGCAGGCUCGAAACCUGGUUUAUGCGCAUGUAAGGCUAAUCAAGCUUUACCACAAUUAUCGGGCAAUGUCAUCGUGCUGGGAGCUGGCGAUACCGCAUUCGAUUGUGCGACCUCCGCCUGGCGUUGUGGCGCUAAGCGUGUCUUUGUCAUUUUCCGUCGUGGCACCACCGGCAUGCGCGCCGUACCCGAAGAGGUGGAAUUGGCACGCGAAGAAUGGUGUGAGUUCUUGCCAUUUUUGGCACCCAGCAAGGUGGUUGUUAAGGAAAAGAAGAUACGCGCUAUGGAGUUCUAUCGCACAGAGUUGGAUGAUAACGGCAAACUUAUCGUAGACACAGAGCAGCCCACAACACUCAAAGCUGAUUACAUUAUCUCAGCUUUCGGCUCCGGUUUGAAUGACCCAGAAAUUAUUGAUGCCCUCAAACCAGUUGAAUUGGAUCAAUGGCAUCUACCCAAAGUCGAUCCAAAGACACUUCAAACCAGCGUGCCACAGGUGUUCUGCGGCGGGGAUUUGGGCGGUCAAGCCAAUACUACUGUUGAGUCGGUGAACGAUGGUAAAAUUGCCGCAUGGAGUAUACACUGCCAGUUGCAAGGACUGCCCCUCGAAACGGCUGCCGACUUGCCACUUUUCUACACUGAUAUAGAUCACGUGGACUUAUCCGUUGAGUUGGUCUACGAACGCACUAACAAGGCGACAGGUGAAAAAGAAAAGCAUACACUCAAGUUCCCUAAUCCAUACGGCUUAGCAUCAGCACCGCCAACCACAAGCGCGGCUAUGUGUCGACGCGCGUUCGAGCAAGGUUGGGGCUUUGUGGUGACAAAAACCUUUGGACUCGAUAAAGAUCUGGUCACCAAUGUCUCACCACGCAUAGUACGUGGCACUACCUCCGGCUACAAUUAUGGACCACAGCAAGGUGCUUUCCUCAAUAUUGAGUUGAUCUCGGAGAAACGUGCCGAGUAUUGGUAUCGCUCAAUACGUGAGCUGAAACAGGACUUUCCCGAACAAAUUGUCAUUGCGAGUAUAAUGUGCGCUGCUAUCGAGGAAGAUUGGAAAGAAAUGGCUACCAAAGCAGAGGAAUGUGGCUCGGAUGCACUUGAGCUGAAUCUGUCUUGUCCACAUGGUAUGGGCGAGUCCGGCAUGGGUUUGGCGUGUGGUCAAAUUCCCGACUUGGUGGAGAAAAUUUCAAAAUGGGUCAGUGAAACUGUAAACAUACCCGUCUUCAUUAAGCUGACGCCCAACAUAACAGACAUUGUGAGCAUUGCUGAAGCGGCGCAACGUGGUGGUGCCGCGGGCGUAUCAGCCAUCAACACCGUACAAGGCUUGAUGAGCCUGAAAGCGGAUGCUACGCCUUGGCCCGCGAUUGGUAUCGAGAAACGUACCACAUACGGUGGUGUAUCCGGUAAUGCGACACGUCCUAUGGCACUGAAGGCGAUUUCAUCCAUCGCCAACAAACUGCCCGGAUUUCCCAUACUCGGUAUUGGCGGCAUAGACUCUGGCGAGGUGGCACUACAGUUUCUGCAAGCUGGUGCUACAGUCCUGCAAGUGUGCUCUGCCGUACAAAAUCAGGACUUCACGCUGAUUGAAGAUUAUACGACUAGUUUGAAGGCGCUGCUUUAUUUGCGAGCUAAUCCACCGCCAAAUAGUGGGCUCUCGUGGGACGGCCAGUCACCACCAACGCCUAAACAUCAAAAGGGUAAACCGGUGGUGCACUUGGCUGGCGCAGAUAACAAGACUUUGGGCUUCUUUGGUCCAUACAAGAAAGAACGUGAGGAAAAACUCUAUGAGGAGCGUGUAAAAAAUGGUCCCCUAUGGAAGGUGAAGUCGGAUAAUGAUGUGUCUCCUACACAUGACACGCCGAAGCCGGCGUUUAGAGUAAAUGAUGUAAUAGGACGUGCUUUGGACCGUAUUGGCGCUUACAAGAAGUUGGACAACAAGCAACAGAAAGUCGCUUUAAUCGAUGACGAUAUGUGCAUCAACUGUGGCAAAUGUUAUAUGACUUGCAAUGACUCCGGCUAUCAGGCCAUAGAAUUCGAUGCAGAGACUCACAUACCACAUAUCACGGAUGAUUGCACCGGCUGUACGCUGUGCGUGUCCGUCUGUCCCAUCAUCGAUUGCAUUACCAUGGUGCCAAAGCAGAUUCCACACAUUGUCAAGCGCGGUUGGGGCGAGAACACGCCGGUCUUUGUGCACGCACUGAGUCCAAUGCAGUAGACUUUUGGCUUCUUAUUCCAAGAUAGCAUUUAAAAACCGUUCAAUUAUCGUUAAUUUACUGAAUAAGUUUUAAUCAAUUAGUAAUUUUGUUAUGCAAUCAACAUUGUAUCCACCGUAAUAAUACAAAUAAAAUAAUAUUUUUUUUUA